ACACAAGGUAAACAUUUAUAGACAUGCUCCCUCUCCUGACUCCACGUGAGCGGUGAAAGCCUAACCGCCGCCACAUUUUCCUUAUUUACGUGAUAAUUAACGUGACUUUCCCCUCGGCGACGAUAGGAGAAGGUCAUAACUCUCCCUCGAAGCUCCAGGCGUUGUGUGUGCGUGUGUAUGUGUGUUAAGGAUUGAGGUGUUAGCAAAGCCUGUGAGUGGACAUGUGAAGGGGGACACAGCCACACAGGUCCAGGAAGUGUGGUGCAGUGGGCUGUGGUGCGGCGGUGCGGGGCGGCCACACAGCCAUGAAGCCGCCGUACUUCCAGGAGCGCUCCCUCCCCUUAAGGGUGGAGAAGUACAUGAGCGAGAACAAGUAUGUGGACCUGGAGGAGAUGACUGACCACCUCAUGAGCAACUACCGCGAGUUUAGGAACAAGAACAAGAAGGCCUUUAUGAAGAGUGUCGAGAAGGCCUAUGAGUGGGAGCUGUACUGUCGGCAGGCGGAGCAGGACAGCUGUGAGGAGGUGGAGGAUAGUGACGGGGGUGGACCAGACAUCCUCGAGAUUACCGAACCUGGUGCGCCUCCGAAGGGCAAGAACACCAACGCUAUGCUGACCAAGAUGUACCGGGCUCCAACAAGCGGCUCUUCCUCGCCAAAACCCAAGAAGAAUGGGAAUUUCUAUGUCCUAGACGUUGAAGGGGAAUCACCAGCCAGCGGAACAAGGACGCCGGAUGCCAGCGCGAGGAAGAAGCGGAAGAAGGAGAAGGAGAAGGAGAGGGACGGGGACAUAGAGGAGAUGAUAAAGAGGAAGAAGAAGAAGCAGAUUAGCGCCGAGGCUUCCGCCGUAACCUUGGCGAACAUGGCCGGCAUCGAACCCCUGAAGGAACAAAUCUGUGACCUCUUGGGCAACAUACGGCGGCCUGGCAUUCUGCGUCCGACGGUCAAAUCAGCGCUGGUCACAGGUCCGACGGGGAGUGGCAAGACGACCUUCGCUAUGGCUCUGGCUGGGACAGCCGACGCUCCCAUCAUGCGAAUCACGGCCACGGAGCUCAUUGGGGGACUGUCGGGAGAGAGUGAGGAGCGCAUAUCCGAGGUCUUCGAGCAGGCGGCGUCGCUGGCCCCCUGCGUCCUGCUACUGGAGAAACUGGAUGUUGUUGCGCCCAAGGAGGGGAAUUCCACCAAGGGCUUAGAGAGGAGGAUUUGUACGCAGCUGUCCUCCUGUUUGGCUAACCUCAAAACCAAGUACAAAGACAAACAAGUCCUCGUCAUCGGAGAAACAAGCCGCCCAGAAAAACUCGACUUGGACCUCCGAGGAAGCUUUGACUUGGAGGUGUUCAUGGCCAUUCCCAGUGAGGCGGCGCGGUCCAGAAUCCUUCAGCUGAUGUGCGAGGGCUGCGCGGUGGAUGGCGGCCUGGAGGAGAUAGCCUACCGUACCCCGGGCUACGUGGCGGGUGACCUCAGGAAGCUAAUGGAGAAGGCGCAGGGCUUGGCGUGGAAGAGGAAGAAGGACAGCCUGUAUGGAGAUGGGAAAGGAGGAGAUGGUAGUGGUGGAGGUGGUGAUGAAGGGGGAAAAGCAGGUGGAAGUGGAGGCGGAGCGAGUCUGGUGGAUCAGGUGAAGGCGUUCCUGGACCACGUGGAUAAGAUGUGCGAGGCGGACACCGUCACCAUCACCUGCGAGGACUUCAUGGAGGCUUUAUUGCACGUCACGCCGGCCCUGAAGAGAGAAGGCUUCCCAACCGUGCCGGACAUCACCUGGCAGGACAUCGGCGGCUUAGAGGACAUCAAACGGGACCUCCGGGAGAAGAUACUGGAGCCCAUCAAAUACGCCAAGCUGCACGAGGAGUUUGGGGCGAGCCGACCGAAUGGUGUGUUGAUGUGGGGUCCGCCGGGCUGUGGCAAGACGCUGCUGGCCAAGGCUGUGGCGAACGAGGCGGGCGUGAACCUUCUGCCAGUGAUGGGGCCGGAGCUGCUGAACAUGUACCAGGGUGAGAGUGAGCGAGCCGUGAGGGAAGUCUUUCACCGGGCGAGGAACGUGGCUCCCUGCGUGAUCUUCUUUGAUGAGUUUGAUUCCCUGUGUCCUGUCCGAAGCAAGGGAGAGCAGGGCGGCAGCAAGACCACCAUCGUCAACACACUUCUGACGGAGAUGAACGGUUUCGCCAAGAGGGACGAGGUGUACGUCAUUGCCGCCACUAAUCGCCCGGACAUCCUGGACCCAGCCGUCACCCGCCCUGGCAGGUUCGACACGCUGCUCUACAUCGAUGUGCCGGACCACAGCGGACGAGUGGCCAUCUUCCAGGCGCGGACCAAGCACGGCACUUGUCCUGUCCUCGCUCCUGAUGUCAACUUUGAGGAGGUGUCACGCCUCUGUGAUAACUUCUCCGGGGCCGACUGUGACCAGCUGGUGUACCUGGCUAGCAAGGAGGCCAUCAGGGAGGUAAUACAUGCCUCCUCCUCCUCUUCACCUACCUCCUCAUCAGUGGGAAAAAGACUUGUUGCCCGAAGACAUUUUUCAGCCGCUCUCAGGAAGAUGAAACCGUCGAUCUCGGCUGAGGAACAGAGACGCUACAAGAAACUCUACGCCAAGAUUGAGGCGGGCAGGGUGCAGGGGAGUCUCCAGGGGCUGCCCGAGGAUGCCGCCCCCCUUGUAGAGGCGCCCCCAGCAGAGGACGAGACUCUGCCGAUGGAUGUGGCAGAGGACAAGGAAGCUGGCGGGAGCUGAGGAUUGGAUUGGCUAGAGGUAUUUUGUUAGUGAAUGGAUGAGACGGAAGUGAAGUGUAUUGAAAAAGUUUAAUAGGAGAAUGAGUUUACAAUGAGGUAAAAAUUUAGGUUAUUAUUUAUGUGAUGAACAAGUGAAUUCGUGUAAGAGUGAUGAGAUGAGACUAAAGUGAGAUUGAGUGUCUUUGUUUUUAGUUAAGUUAUAUGAAGCAAUGUUUGCUUUGUUGUGUUUAAUGAGAAAAAGAAAAGAUUCGAGUGACUGUCUAGUAUUAUUUUUGUGUUGGUGAAGGAAGUACAAAUUGCUGUUUUUGUUGUCUUGUGUCUAAAGAGAAAAUUAGACACCAGAAGAGUGAGGUAGGAUAUAAUUUUGUUUAUUAUCUCGGAAACAGCUCAUGGAAAAAAGAAAAAAAAGCCCGCAAUUCUAUGUAAAUGAUUGUGUAGAAAGAAAAUGGGGAGCAAGUAAUGUGACUAUUAUUUUCAAAGAUUUAUUAAUGCCAUUCUUGAACACAAACCCUUUCCCAGCUGGCCACCAUCAAGCAAGACUCAAGACCUGCGGAAUAAUGCGUAAUACAGCAACGGUUAAUUCACACCCUCGACAACACAGAGCACUGACUCUCGGCCGACCUUUGUCUGUCGCUUGUCCCUACACCUAAACGGCCAAGAGUGCCGAGAACACUGCCACAGCCGAUUCACCGAGCCCAAGCACCGGCACGUACGAACACACACGGCUCACCAAGUACGUAACAUCGCGACGUAAUAGAAAUGAGAGCUGGGAGGGUUAGGUCUGUUUGUGUGUGUGUGGGUCAAGUCUCCCAGCCAUGAACCAGUCAAUGACGAAGGAUAAUUGAACUCACACACACGCACACACGUUAGUUUGUUUGUCCUCACAACCACCCAUGAGUGAGAGCUGAGUAACCUAAAACAUAUCUUGUAAACUAAAAAGAGGAAUAAUCUUGUGUAACUUAUUGAUUGAAUGGCAGCAGCAAUAAGUGCAUCAAAACAUCAAAACAAAUUCCCCAAAAAAGCAAAACCACUUUCUUUGCUAUCAAUGUUAUGUUAAAUAAAAGUCAACAACAGUAAUGCCCCUCUGAUGAAAAGAAACAUUUGAAGAGAAAAAUAUGCAUAGCCAUCUUGCAUACAUCUGUUAAAUAAUAAAUAAAAAUAAAUAUCCUCUUUGGGUAGAACAACGUGAGCUUCAUUAGCAUGAACACAAAUAAAUAAUAGUAAAAGAAAUACAAUACUACAACACUCCCUCCAAUUUUGCAAGAAUUCAUUUGACACUGUGGGUUGCUAAAUACAAAUAUAUGAAUUUGCAAAAUUAACCUAAUUGGGGAAAUUGCACCAUCAGGCUUUUUCCCUGGUGGGGCCUGAUGGUCUGCCCAGCCUGUUCUGGCACACGCUACCCCCCCGGAGCUUGAGCCUCUCUUUGAAGAGGUAAUCUAGAGUCCGGGUUGAUAGGUGGUCUUCAGGGCAGCAUGUGGGUAGUCGUAGGCCACUCGGCAGUUUAUAUAAAACGAAACAUUCAUGACUAUAAUUCACAGUAGUAUUAUGACUGAAAAUGUUGGAGGCUUCAUGACCACCGCUGAUGCAGCAUAGCCAGACAUCUAGACCCUGUCACUCCUCCCCCUGAAAACUAGUCUGGAAAACCUCACUUUCUUACGGCAUCACUUGCAACAUUAAAAGUUACAUUGCAAAAUUAGGUUUUCAUCAAAUGUCAUUUUUAUGGUCUUGGAAGCAAAAAUUGUCAUAUUGCAAAACUGGAGGGAGUACUGUCCUGCAUAAGAAAAAAGUACCAGUCAGAAGAGGCUGCAUAGAAAAGUGCAUAUAUGAAAGAGAACCAACCUACCAGCGCCAGUACCAGUGAAUCGUGUCUGUAACAUAAAGAGUAAUUAUAGCACACAACUUGAGGGCCAGCAGCUCCACAGUCCAACACAUUCAUUAAUAAGCUCCUUCACCAAAUGCUAAAGACUUUGAAAAUAUCUUGUAUAGUGUUUGGCGUUCAUGUAGAAGGUGACAAAUUUUUGGAAACUAAGUGUGAAAUCGUUAAGUAUUAGUGGCAAGGGGAGAAAGAAGAGCAGGAUGAGUGGGAAUAGGAGGAGGAAAAGGAAUCAAUCAAGGAAUCUACAUCAUUGGUUAGUCAUUAAUUAGUCUGGUGGUCAAUUUUGUACAUGUUCAGGCUUUGCAUUGCACCUGUGCCUUAUGGAGAAUUAUAUUUGGUUUGGGCGUCAUAUUGAUACUGUGUUGGACUGAUGGAGUGGCCCGUCAUCCUUCAUGUCUAAUCAAAGUGAAC